AUGAUGCUUCAUCGGUCUACCGUCUCCUCGGUAUUCAAUGAAGUCUUCGCUUUGUUCAACCCUGCCGAUAAGAUCAGAGUAAACAGAGACGAGGUUAUAUUAAAUACAGGACCAGUACUGAAUAUUCAUGACUUUGGAAACUGGCUGGAUAAUGCACUGGUGCAAUCCAUGGAUUUGGUCGACGAUUACUUAGGAAUUAAAGUGUUUACUGAUAAUGCUGGUGGACCUUCUUACCCGCAGACUUUUAUGCCUCUAUACUUAAAUUUUCUUCAAUCUAUGAUGACUCAAUAUCUUGCCAAUGAUUCACAGAUCAAGCUUGGCUCUAUUACCAAGCUAGCUUUCCGCCUCAGCCAUCCCAUCAUUGUUCGUCUUUUUCCCAUUGACCUUCCUAGAAAAGCAUCUCCGGCGAUGACUCUCAUAUCUAUUAUAACCAAUGUCCGAUAUGAAGAGUUUCAAGAAAUGCCGAAGCAUGGCUAUGAUCGGAUGGAUGGUGGCAGCGGUAGACAGGCAGCCGACAUGGACUUCGGCUGGGCCGGCGAUGCGGCUGAACGCCUGGAUGCCGGAUCGCCGGAAUCCUUCGAGGAGAUCGAGCGACCUCCGCUCCGGCAUAUCGACAAAUACGUGCGAGCGGAGUGCCCCUGUCUUAGCCAGCGAUACACCGUGGCGGUCAUGACCUGCCUAGGGUUUAUGAUAAGUUUCGGAAUUAAGUGCAAUCUUGGAAUGGCUAAAUUGAGACUGGAAGCUCUGAUGCAUAACAGGACGGAGUCAUCACACGGUAUAAUUUUCAACUGGACAGUAGGCAUGGAGAGCGCCGUCGAUUCCUCGUUCUUCUGGGGUUUCUUUACGCAAAUUCCGGGCGGAUUGGCUUCUAUGUAUCCCGCCAACCGGAUAUUUGGAACAGCCAUCGUCGGAACAUCCUUUCUGAAUCUGUUGAUGCCCGGAGCGAUGGAUCUACAUCCUACGGUCGUUAUCAUAGUUAGGAUCAUGCAGGGACUAGUCGAGGGUGUAACAUACCCGGCUUGCCACGGUAUCUGGCGAUUCUGGGCCCCGCCUCUGGAGCGCUCACGUUUGGCUACAAUUGCGUUCUGCGGCUCCUACGCCGGCGUAGUCGUCGGAAUGCCGCUAUCAGGUAUACUAGCCGGCAAAAUAGGUUGGCAGGCCCCAUUCUACUUCUAUGGUGUCUUCGGGCUUAUAUGGUUUGUGUUUUGGUUAUGGUUAACAUUUGAAAAACCACGUAACCAUCCUGUGAUAUCAAUAAAGGAGCUAAAAUACAUAGAACAAAGUCUCGGAGAAUCGACUCAAAUAGCCAUGCCGACAAUCAGCACGACUCCUUGGAGGAAGUUUGCGACUUCUAUGCCAGUCUGCAUUAUUGUGGCGAACUUUUGUAGAUCCUGGAAUUUUUAUCUACUAGUUAUUUUCCAAUCGGCCUAUUUGCAGAACACAUUUGAUUUCAAAAUCGAAGAGACUGGUCUUGUUGGAUCAUUGCCUCAUUUACUGAUGGCUACUAUAGUUCCAUUUGGUGGUUUAUUGGCUGAUUAUCUGCGGAAAUCCGGGCUGAUGACAACAACAACCGUUCGUAAAGUCUUCAACUGCGGCGGAUUUGGUAUGGAAGGAAUAUUCUUCCUUGUCGUAGCCCAUGCAAAAACAGCUAUGGCUGCUACAACUGCACUAACAUUUGGAGUGGCAUUUAGUGGAUUUGCUAUAUCUGGCUAUAAUGUAAAUCACUUGGAUAUUGCGCCAAGAUACGCCAGUAUUCUGAUGGGUUUGUCCAAUGGAAUCGGAACUAUAGCUGGCCUGAUAUGUCCCAUAGCUGUAGACCAUAUAACUAGAGGUAAAGAAAGUUGGAAAACAGUGUUCAUUUUGGCAGCUACGAUACAUUUCAUAGGCAUCACUUUCUAUGGACUUUUCGCUUCAGGAGAGUUGCAAGAAUGGGCUGAACCGACUGCUGAGGAACAACAGUCGUGGAAUCCUUCUGUUAUUGUUCACAAGCAAAUUGUGAUGCACAGGGAAACAUCAUUUGUAAGAAAAUAUAAGAUUUACCUACUACUACAACUAAUUAGUAUAUUAAUAGUUAUAGGUGGGUCUCCUGUGGAUCCAAAUUCCAAGCUAAACAUCGGUGCCGGUCCUGGUUACGGAGCAGUAGAACCCAUUCACCCCACGAACCCAUUUGCCUACGCAAAUCCUGUCACUGAAGAACACGUGCAGCCUGAAGCCACUGAUUCCUAUAUGCACGGCGGUGACGACCUCGGAAAAUAUCAAUAA